AAACAUUAUAUCGUUGAUGCAUUUUUUAGCUAUAUCGCCCAGCCCUACGUGAACGCUUCUCCUACUCUCCGUUCCUCAUUUCUCACAGAAACGCCAUGCUUGUCCACAUGCACACUCACGUUUAGUGUAGUUAAACUGUUUGGAGUGGAUACACUGAAGCUGAAGCAGUCAUGUACAAACGUCUUGCUGUUUUGCCGAGGAACUGCAGUGUUACCGAGAUCUUUUCUGUAUUUGGAGUAAAUAAAGGUAAAGAUGUGUUUUUCUCAUUCUUUUCUAGACUAUAACCGAGCGCAGCAGCAGCUUUGAGAUGGUCACCGUUUGUGAUUUAUGUAAUUGUAAUGUAAAGCUAGAAUUGUGUUUUAAUGAUUUGAUGUUUUGUUUUUCAAACAGCUGCCACCAGUACAAAAUGAGCCCAAGAGAAGAUGCCCCUGCAGACCGCGGCUUCUUCGUCGGGAUCAUAUUCUUCAUCCUUGGCCUGGGAACGCUGUUGCCAUGGAACUUCUUCAUGACGGCAUCUAUGUAUUUCAACAACAGACUCAACACGUCUGAAUGGAGUAAUGGAACAGUAACCACCAGGAAGGAGUAUUAUUUCAAUAACUGGAUGACUCUGCUGUCCCAGCUGCCUUUGCUGCUCUUCACUUUGCUCAACUCUUUUCUCUAUCACUGGAUCUCGGAGAAGAUGAGGAUAGCAGGCAGUCUGGUCUUCAUCCUGCUCCUCUUCAUCCUCACUGCUGUGCUGGUGAAGAUCCCGAUGGAGGAGGACCGCUUCUUCUCCGUCACCAUGGCAACCAUCUGGUUUAUCAAUUCCCUAAUGCAUGAGUUUGCUAGAUUUUACCUGGACAGAAAAAGCAAGAGUUGCGAGCUUGAGACGUCCAACCGGCUGCUGCCUACAGGUGAUGUUGAAGGCUCUGAGAAGACCAGCGAUCUGUCUGUUGGCUCUGUGCCGAACGGGAAUCCUAAUAAAGGUGAUAGCGGUGUGAGUGAAGAGGAGGGUGUCAGACAGGCCUUCAUCCCGCUGCAGUCAGAAAACACGUCCACGCAGAAGAGCUCCAUCCUGGAAGUCUUCAAAAAGAUUUGGCUUAUGGCGUUCUGUGUGACGUUUGUAUUUACAGUUACACUGUCAGUUUUUCCUGCGGUUACUGUGGAUGUGAAAACUGGGUAUGGAGGAAAAUGGGAACGAUACUUCAUUCCUGUUUUUUGUUUUCUCUUAUUUAACGUGAUGGACUUUACUGGCAGAUCUGUCACGUUAGCAUUUAAGUGGCCCUCUAAAGACAGUCGUUUGUUCCCGGGGUUAGUGGUUUGUCGAGUGAUCUUCGUUCCGCUGCUCAUGAUGUGUAACGUGCAGGAGAGACACUACAUGCCUGUGCUCUUCUCAAACGACUUCAUGUUUGCUGCAAUCAUGGUGUUUUUCUCCGUGUCCAGCGGAUACUUUGUGUGUCUUUCCAUGACGUACGCGCCACAGCUUGUGGAGCCUAAAGAUGGCGAGACGGCCGGUGCAUUGAUGACGUUUUUUCUGGCUCUGGGUUUGUCGUUGGGAGCAGCGUUGUCGUUUCCUCUGCGUCUCCUGGUCUGACGCUCACGCUCUCAGUCCCAGAUCCUCGGCUCUCAGGGCGCCUGCGGCAGCGCUUGUGAGUCAGUCUGAUCUCUUACUGUUCACACAAACCAGGCAAAUUCAUAAAGGGAAGC